AUGUCAGCACCAACACCAGAAGCUACAGGUGUAAGGCAACGAGCCAAUAAGAUGGAAGCUGAGGAAAGCAAUAAUCCCGCAUCUCUAUCCGCUAAUCCAUCGAAGAAAGUUCAAAGAAACAAACCUCAAGUGAAACCUCCUUUUAUUGAUAUGUCCAUGAACAGAUUCCUCACAUACCUUGUAUUAUCACUCUUCCUCAUUCUCGGUUUUUACGUAUGGCGAUUCGUAUCUUGGGCUCAUCAAGUAGGAGGUUAUUGGGCUGUCUUGACUGGAAAUCAUAGGACUCCUGUAUCAGUAGCUGCUGCGGAUGCAGCUAGUGCAGCCGCAAGCAUCAAGAGCGCUUCAGGACAAUCUUCAACGAGCGUUGAUCCGAAAUCCAUUGCUGCUAGACCAACCGGAUCAGGUAAAACACCAGAAGACGAUAUCCAAUCUCAAAUUUACGCAUUAGCAGCUUCGCUCGGAAUCAAGCCAGCAGAAUUAUCAGCUGCUAUUAGACCUUUGGUUGAUCCUUCCAUUCCUGAUCCAGCUGCUCAAGCUAAACAUGAAGCUGAGUUAUUGAAAGCUCAAGUAGAAGCUAAAGCAGUUGAACAUGAAGCUAAAGCUAAAGAAACUACCGGUGGAGUCUUGGAUAUCUUGGGUGAAGCUCUCUUAGAUUAA